ACACGAACCGCCGCGGCGAACGGGGCGGCUUGUAUACGAGAACGGCUGUUUUUCCUACCUCGCGAUCCGCGAAGGUGCGCGCACGUUUAUUUACGUUAUUUACAAAGUCGGUGGUGGCCUCCACCGCCCCCACCCCCCCUCUUCCACCCGUCCUCUCCGCCCGUCGAUACGUCCGUGUCGCAAUUUGCCGCAAUUCGGUCCUCCGUCGAGACUGAGGCAGGCUACUCUCUCGCGUCUCAGGCCCGAUCGACCGCAUCCGCCGCCUUGAACCUCCAAGUGUCGGGCUUCUAAACCCUGGAGCCGCCUCUCCAUUCUCCGGCGUUCCGGAUACUCCUCUUGGAUACUUCUUCUCCGCUCCUUCGCGAGCGCUCCUUCCGGAUCUCAGAGUUAUCAUCCUUAUUAUUAUUCUUAUCGCGGGACCGGCGACUUUCACCGCAUGAUGUCCGCAUUGUUGCUAUUGUUGUCCGUGUCGCUCCUGGCCUCACUGAGCGUCCACGUGCUCGCACGCGAUGUCGAUUUCUGCUUCGCGGACGAGGGUGAACCGUAUCUGUACAUGGGCACGAAGACCGCCUAUCACUUCGUUCACGGCGGCCGUUUACAGACGAUACCGCAUUGCCGACCGGUGCAAAUCUGGAUGCUCGCGGCACACGGCACCCGUUGCCCGAACAUGCACGAGAUCGAAAAGAUCGUCUCCUUAACUAAUCUCAAAGAGCAGAUCAUCCAGAAUCAUGAUACGCGCAAAGAGGGUCACAUGUGCAGUCGAGAUCUGGACAACCUGCGAAGAUGGAAGCCGGACGAAUACCUGUCGCCGCAACGGGCGGAAGUCCUGACGCCGCAGGGGGUGGAGGACAUGAAGCUGCUGGCAAGAAGAUUGCAGAGCAAUUUCCCGGAGCUGCUGCAGCCCAACAGUUUCAACAUUACGGCUGCCAAUUACAAGUUCCGCGCUACCGAGGCUCGCGACAGUAUGAUGGCUUUUAUGGAAGGGCUGUUCAGCAGCAGGCACGUGAUAGAAGAGAGUUCCCUCAACGACACUUUACUUAGCGCGUACAAAACUUGCGGCGUGUGGAAAAACGAGGAGAACGAGGGAUCGUUCGAGAAUGUAGAACGCAACAGAUUCAACAAUGAACCGGAGUUCCAGAAUCUCUUGAAGAACGUCAGCAGACGACUCGGAUUUCUGUACAAUACUUCCACUGAUAUGAUCGACGCUAUGUACGACGCGUGUCGAUACCAGAAAGCCUGGUCCGUCACCGAACUGUCACCCUGGUGCGCCGUCUUCAGCAAGGAGGAGCUCCGCAUACUUGAGUACAGGGAGGACCUCGAUUACUAUUACAAAGCGGGCUACGGGCGAGAUAUCAACACGCGUUUGGGAUGUCCUCUGUUGCACGACAUGAUGAAACACUUCUGGAACGUAGAGCGCAACGAAAUGACGGGCGAACCCACGGGCAUCUUCUACUUCAGCGACAUCGUCAGCCUGCAAAAUCUCCUGGCCACGAUGGGCAUAAAUGAAGAUCAGACGCGACUGACUGCCUACAAUUACAGAGACAUGGCUAGACGUCAAUGGCGCACGUCAAUAAUAUCGUCCUUCGCCGCGAAUCUUGUCGCGGUGUUUUACAAGUGCACCGAUUAUGGUAACAACCGCAAUAAAGUAAUGUUUUAUCUCGCGGAGAAACCAGUGCGGUUCGAGGGCUGCCAGGUGGGCCUUUGCGACUUGGACUUCCUGAAGAGCAGGUUCGGCCAGCUGGCGUCCAACUGCAAGCUGGACGUCUGCUGGAAGGCGAGCGGCGCGAUCGCCGGCUCACCUCCCGCUUCAUUAGCCAUCUUAUUAGUGUGCUUUGUUCUAGUCCGCCUUGGCUACCGACAAUUGUAAAUAAGCUUUAGUUUUACUUGUCAUUUAUUGUGUAAGUGUUACACCGUAAAAUAUUGAAUACGUAUAUGAGAUCUUCGGGAGUCUUAAGUUAAUAUUUAUAGGAAACUCCUGUCUUCGGCAAAGUAAAAAAAAAAGAAAGAAUUGAAAGCGUUAAAUUGUAGACCUGCAGGGAUUCUCAAAGUGUGGGUCGCGAAAAAUUUUAUUAUGUUUCGAUUUUAAGGCUGUUAUUAAUAGAGAUAGAAAACAAGGGCAUUCUUCACAUAAUACAUCGUCUUAUAUAUCUGAAAAAUAAAUUUAAUAAAAUCUCAAAGUAAUAUAUUUAGUAAGAAGUUAAAAAGGGAGCUCGGUAAAAUAAAGUAAUAAAAUAAUCAAUUCUCAUCCCCUUCCCGUUUUUUCCGCAUCCACUAAAGCUGAAUGAGUCGCGGAGUUUGCUGUUGUAAAAAAAUGGAUCGCGAUUCACAAAAGAUUGGGAAAUCCUGUUGUAGACGAUUGUAUCGCUUGUAGAUCUGUGUUAAUUUUGCGACUUUGAAAAUGUAUUAAAUGCAUUUUACUAUAUGUGUAUAUGUGAGCAGUAUAAUGCGCAUUUCAAGUAAUAACGUUUAAUUUUUUCUUCACGUAUUUUAUGCCUAAAUUUUCUUACAUACGUUAUUAUAAGAAUUAUAGUAGAAUUAUUGUUAUUAUAAUAUAUUUCCUCUAAUUUACGAUAAUGUCCUAAUAUGUAUUUUAAAAUAUAUAUUUAUUAUAUUAA